AUGGCUGCGCACGCGCAGGCUGAGCCGGGACGCAGAGAUGAGAUCAUCGAGUCUAUGCUGCGUUUCACCCGCCUAGCGCACAGCAUGAUCCAGAAUAACUAUCAGGGCUACCUGUCACACGAGGGCGAUCGUUUUGAUCCACUCAAGUUUGGGCUAGCCCGGGCUCAUGAACUUUCCACCACUCUCCAGUGGCUCUAUGAGACUGUAGCUGAGGAGAACCGAUCGGUUAUCUGGGAUACUAUGGACUCGAUGUGGACAGGGGCUGAGAUCGGCGGUCGUGACUGGUCAAAGUUCUUUGUCCCAGGAGUAUUUCCUACUUCAGCGUCUAUUAAGCCUCAGCCUAAUUUCCAACAUGGAAUCAACGUGGCUCAAGGGUUGCGGUAUAUGGCGCAGAAGUACCGGAUGAACCACGAUGAGAAGCUUGCCCGCCAAACUCGGGAGGCCGUAGACAUGGCCUUUCAUUACCAUGGCACUCCGUCUGGCUCUAUAACGAGCGAUGAGUUUCUUGGAGGGUUGAGUCCAGAACGAGGCACAGAGUUGUGCAUGUCUGUGGAGUUAAUGUUUUCCCUCUCCUGGCUGCAUCGUCUCUUCGGUGAUAACGACUACGCCGAUCUCACAGAGCAGGCAGCGUUCAAUGCCCUACCAGGGGGUAUUUCGCCGGACUGGUGGACUCAUCAGUAUGUCACUCAGUCCAAUCAACCAUGGAUCAAGCGACUGGACGGUCGGCCCUUCUAUGAUGUGAGCCCGUACGGCAAUAUCUUCGGGCUGGAGCCAGACUAUCCGUGCUGCUUGGUAAAUCAUCAUCAAGGCCUCCCAAAGCUGGUCUGCUCUGCCUUUGUUCGUAAAGGUAGUAACGGCGUGAUCCAUCGCUUUCUCAUCCCCGCUGAGACCUCCAUGGAGCUUGAUGGGGGCUAUGUUUCUGUCAUAGCCGACACUCACUAUCCGUUUGACCAGACAAUCAGUUAUAAGUUCACUAGUACAAAGGGUUUCGAUUUCUAUACUCGACUUCCCAGCUGGGCGACGGCGUCCUCACGCGCCAACUUGCCAAGCGGACGUGUAAUCCCUCUGGUGCGCGGCCACGACGACGUCUUCCAUUUCACAAUUCCAGCCGGAUCGUCGCAACUCAUUGUCACGUUUGGUACUGAAAUUCGGGUCGUAAACCGGCCAUUAUCCUCUGCUGUAUCUAUCUACUGGGGCUCGUUGCUUUACGUCCUCGAUAUCGCCUGCACCGAGACCAGCACGGCACCCACUCAUUGGAAAAAGAACGUGGAUCCUUUGCCAACGGAUCCGACAUACCCCCAACUUCGCGAUCGUACGCUCGUUCCAGAGGAGGGAGCAGAAUGGCGAGUGGCUAUUGACCCCUCUCAGAUCGCCAUACACUGGGCUAAUCACGACACGGACCCGACAAGCCCACUCCCUAACCCUAUAUACGCGCGAGGCGCCCCGCCGAUGAUUAUCUCGGUCGCGGCAAUCCGGAUUGCAUGGCCGGUAAUGAACGGGGCUGCGCAUGGAGUUCCAACAGAGGUCAGUACCGAGGGUGAGCCAUUUGUAGCGAAGUUCGUUCCUUUUGCCAGUGCCUCUCUUCAUAUGGCAGAGGUGCCCACAGUCUCUCUGCCCAAGAUGAAUCUCCGGCAGUCACAUUGA